GUAGAGUCGUGUGUUGUGUGAAGAACAUAGGCGAGCGAGAGAGGUCGAAGUCAAAAAAUCGAGUCUGUGAUAGAAGGCAGGCAAGAAAUUACCUGCUUAUAGGAGGAAGCUAUUUCCCGGUGCUAUUGUUUUGUGAAAAACUAUUAAAACAAUCCUUCGGUUGUAGUCAAACUUCAGAUAGUUGAAUAGCCACAAAAUUGUCAAAUUUGAGUGUAAUUUUCCAGCUUAGCCAACAAGAUGUCGACAAGUGCUGGCUCAAGUAGCACUGCAGGGACAACAGCAGGAGCUAAUGGUGGGGCGGCUGGUAAUGCUGCUGGAGGCGGUGGCGGUGGAAGUAGUGCUGGGUCCGGAGGAGGACGUCGCAAUGGGAACGGUAGCGGAAGUGCCACCCCAGAAGCCCCAACAACACCAAAACCGGAAGCGAAGGAAACCAAGUCGAAUCCAAAAAUUUCGAAAGCCCUUGGAACGUCCGCUAAACGAAUUCAGAAAGAGCUAGCCGAAAUCACACUUGAUCCGCCGCCAAAUUGUAGUGCUGGACCGAAGGGAGACAAUCUGUACGAAUGGGUUUCAACCAUUUUGGGACCACCGGGAUCGGUUUACGAGGGUGGUGUGUUCUUUCUCGAUAUUCACUUUUCCCCGGAGUAUCCGUUUAAACCACCCAAGGUCACGUUCAGAACGAGGAUAUAUCAUUGCAAUAUAAACAGCCAGGGUGUUAUCUGCCUCGAUAUCCUCAAGGAUAAUUGGUCGCCAGCAUUGACUAUCUCCAAAGUGCUGCUCUCCAUUUGUUCUCUGUUAACAGACUGCAACCCAGCCGAUCCAUUGGUUGGAAGUAUUGCUACACAAUAUCUACAAAAUCGGGAUGAGCACGACCGGAUUGCUCGCCUAUGGACUAAGAGAUAUGCUACGUGAUUUCCUAACAUCAUAGCUCUGUAUAUUUUUUAUGUGAAAAUCAGUAAUAUUUAUAAAUCUAUCCUAAACGAAGGAAAUAUACUACAACUUAUAAUGUAAUAAAGAAAUAAUAAUAAACGUAGCAAACAACUGAAGAAAAAACACAGCCACGAACACAGCAGAACCCCUUCCAAAACUGAAUCUAAAGGAUAUGACUUAUUUGAACUGAUUCCCUUUUUCGAUAUUCAUGAUUCCCCGGUGGCACGUGACUAUUUCUUUGAAAUCAAACACAACUCGAUUGCGACAGCGCGCUAAAUUCCAUUCACGUCUGACGGAACCGAAUAUCGCAUUAUUCGAGCAUUACACUAACGCUGACGCAACUAUAUCAACCUUUUUCAUUACUGUCCUUCGACAUACCCGUUUCAUCCUUUGCGUAAAGUAGCUAUUGAUUAGAGCGAUAAAUAAAUAAUAAAACCUAGGAUUUAAAAUAAACGAAAAGCAGAGAAAAAUUAUCCUUUUCUCAUAUCGGCGAUAUGAAUUUUUGAUCGUUUCAAUUGCGUUUAGAGUUGACACAAACAACUGAGCAUUAUUGGAGUAGGUUAUUGUUUAAGCAAAUGGAAUGUCUAACGCAAGGGAAGCAAAACCACGGUAGAACUAUAGUUGUGAGACAUCAUCACUUGACAUCAUCUGUUAAUUAUCAUUUAUGCGCUUCAAUUGACGAACACGUUCUGAGAAUGCUCACAGCAGUCACAACUCCAUUAUGCUCGAAACUAAGUGAUGUGAUUGAAAACGUUUUAAAGACUGAAAUCACCGAUUGCUAGAAGCCAAUAGUUGCACAGACAGAUCUCAAAAACAUACAGUUAUUGAAAAAAUACAACAAAUGAUAAAGGAAAGUGAUUUAGCGGUGCUUGUGACUGCAAAGUGAACGUGAACGCUUCUCGUAAAACAUGAACAUAAAUCGUUGUGAACAUAUUUGGUUUUCAAUCUUGAGAAGUGUUGUGCACUUCUAUUUUAAAUGUUCAAUGGGAACUAUUCAUACGACAUUCAUAAACUGAAAAAGGAACGCGGAGAAUAUUGGAGAAUAAUGUGAUAUGUAUAACGAAUUGAAGCCAAACCGAAAAAAAGUUCAAUAGUAAAUUAAAUCCUCUUCAGCGAUCAUACAAAAGUCCACAUCACCAGCUAGAAGCAGUAUACAUUUUAUUCCCGAAAUUAAAACCAGGCAAUUCGAAGAUAUAGUAAUGCAAAACACAACACCGUGAUAUUGUUGGCUACAGUAGGACAAGAACUGGAUUUGAGGUAAAAGUGAAAAGGCAGGCAACAUUGGAGACGACCUAAAAGAAAUCUGAGAUUAUCAUGGAGAGAAGAAAUUCUUGUUCCCACUAUUGAUUUUCUACACCACUAGAAAUUAACUGUCGUUGAGAACAAAUUCGAAGGAAUGGUAACGAUUGUAAUUGGAGAAGAAAACAAUAUUUAAACUAUACAGAUAAUAAAAGUAAAUGUGCAUUAA